AUGUCGAUCCCCUCCGCUAGCCCUUCUGCUGAAUUAAAGGCAGAUGCUACCCUUCAAUCCUCCUCUGGACCCGCUUCAGCACCCACAAAGCGCGCUUCUCGUCGCGCAAACACUGCUGAACGCCGUGCCACCCACAACGCCGUCGAGCGCGCCCGCCGUGAGACGUUAAAUGGCAGGUUCCUCGACCUCGCAGCGAUUCUUCCCAACCUCGCAGCCGUCCGUCGUCCAUCCAAGAGCGCAAUUGUCAACUCUUCCAUUGCGCUUAUCAACAACCAACGCCGUGCACGCAUCCUUGCUGCACGCGAAGUUCGUCUCCUCAACGCCGAGAAUAUUGCGCUUCGCCAGGAGCUCAACGAGUGGCGCCAACGCAACUCGCUCCCGCGCGUCGAAGAGCCAAUUCGCUCGUCCGAGUUUGUCACCCUUAUCAAUGUCCAAGUUGAGGAGGAACUCGCAGAGAUGGAACUUGCAAUGAUGAACAACGGAGUCGGAGCUGGAAGCCGUCGGUCGUUUGAUAUGCCCGAGGGACAGUUUGAGGACGACGAUUAUAACGAGGACGGCGCAGACGAGGAAGCGCUCAUCAGCCCCGACUCGGCCCACCCAUAUCCGACGUCGAUUUCAAUGGCGCUCCCGACCGUCAACCACAAGGUCAACAAUGCUCUUCAGCAACAACAACAACAACAGCAGCAGCAGCAACAACAGCAACUUGUCGCUCAGCAACAGCAGCUUUACGAACAGCAAAAGGCUGUCAUGGCUCGCGCUCAACAGCAGCAGCAACAACAACAGCUCGCCCGCUACGCGACGCCCCUCAACCAGCAGCAACCCUCGCCACCCCCGCACCAUUUGCCACAGCAGUACAUGUACCCCGAGACUGCCAAUCUCUUUGGCGCAGAGAUGUACGCAAACGGUGACAAUAGCCUCAUGUUCAACGGUCAGCAAACCUGGUCGCAAAAGGCCAUUGCCGUGACGCCUCCUGGAUCUGCGCACGGUAUCAAGUCUACCAAUGCCUAUGCGACCGCCGCCAACUCUGCCUUUUUGUCCGGCUCACCUUACAACGGAUCUCCGAUCGGCAUGUUCAAGCCGACGGCUGGAGGACGCAAUGGCAGCGUAAAUGGCGAAGACGACAACUCGUCUGUCAGCGAGGGCUCGUCGCAUUUUUCGAGCACGACCGAUUUGAACAUUCUGAGCUCAUCGCCCGUCGACCACCAAUUCGCGUAUGGUGCGAAUAACAUGAUGGGGUUGGGUUUUGGUAUGCCGAUGAAUAUGAGCGGACUCAAUAUGGGCAUGACGAUGCCGCCUUCUCCGCCUCAUAGCGUUUCGCUCUCGCCUGGGCAUUCGCAGCCACAGAGCCGUAGACCGAGCGUCACCGUGCCCACGUACUAG